AUGGCCGGCGGAUCUGUUAACUGCUCCGAACGAACCGUUUCCAAUAUCCCUAUCUGUUCUUCCGCUAGCUCUGAUAUUCCUUCGCUUUCUACUGCUCAUCACUUUGUCAGUAUUAAGCUCACCCAUAAAAAUUACUUGUUCUGGAGAACUCAAGUCGUACCGUUUCUUGAUGGACAUGGUCUCAUGUCGUUCGUUGAUGGGACCAAUCCCAGUCCGUCGCCCUUCCUUCCCGCCGUCGAAGGAGGCCUGCCGACGGCAAAUACCGAUCGUGCAACAUGGUUUCGACAUGAUCGGGCUCUUAUGUCUAUGUUGAUUUCUUCUCUCAGUGAAGAAGCUAUGCACCUCACCGUCGGUUGUCGUACGUCACGGGAGGUUUGGGAGUCAAUUGAACAAUCUUUGGCUUCCGCAUCUUGCGCCCGCUCGUUAAAUCUCCUUGGCCAACUACAGUCUCUGAGCCAGGGAGAUUCCACAGUUGCUGGUUAUCUUGGUCGUGCAUGUGUUAUUUUGGAGGAUCUUGCUUUGGCCGGUAGGACAGUUGGGCUAGACGAGAAAAAUCUUUAUCUAUUUCGGGAGUUACGGCCGGAGUUUCAAAACCUAAUCGCAUCUCUCUCAGUUCGCGGUCAACCCGUAACCCUAAGUGAGCUCGCUGAUUUCCUUGGUGCCCAAGAGUUCAUCCAGGGGAUUGUUCCUGGUGGUCCGCCAGUGGCAUUUGCCAUGCAGCGCGACGGCGGAGGCGGUCAAAACCGUCGUGGUGGUCACGGUAAUAGCCGAGGUCAGAAUUUUGGCGGUCAGCGUGGAGGCAGCGGUGGCCGGUCGAAUUCCGGCAGAGGUACUGGUCACCGUGGGCAUGGUGGCAGUGGUGGUAACAAUGGUCUGACAUGGAUUCCUGACACUGGGGCUACCAAUCAUGUGACUCCAAAUAUUGCGACCCUGUCUACAUCGGAGGAAUACACAGGAUAUAACACCAAGGAAACUCUACUUAAAGGCAAUAGUCAUGGGGGUCCUUAUAGACUUCCAAUUGCCACAUCAUCUCCCUCAGUUUUUCUUACAGCUUGUAAAUCUUCUCGAUUCUCGUUGGCACGUGUUGAGUCUUCCAGUUCUAGUGUUCUUGAUUUAGUAUACACAGACAUUUGGGGUCCAGCCCCUCUUUUGUCAAUUGAUGGCUAUCGUUAUUUCGUUAUUUUCGUAGAUGAUUAUACUCGCUUCACUUGGCAUGUAAGGUUUGAUGAAACUGUUUAUCCUUUUGCUACUAAAAACACUGUGCAGACAUCUCAACCGGCGCAGCAUCAUCCGUGGGCUGAGUCAGUUCUUCAUCCCGCGGCUGCCGUUUCUAUGUCUCUCGGCACGGCUGUCGUCCGACCCAGCUCCAUCGACGAUGACCCCGUUCCGCCUCCACCACCACAUGCUGCCACCGCCAAUCACUCGGCCUCGCCCGAGCGUGAGCCACGUGACCAGGCGGACCAACCCGUGAAACGCCCUCGCAGUCGUCCUCACGGGAAGAUGGUUAAGUACACAGUUUGGACUCAUGAGAUGCACACUCAGAGCCGGUCUCAGGCUCCACCAUCAGCUUUAACGAUUCAAGUUUGUCCUCCAGAUCCUACUUGUUAUACUCAAGCCGUUAAAUAUUCAGAAUGGCGUAAGGCUAUGGAUCAAGAAUUUAAUGCCCUCCUACAAAAUCAGACAUGGCAGCUUGUGUCAUCUCAGCCAGGCAUGAACAUUAUUGGGUGUAAAUGGGUUCUUCGUACGAAACGAAAAGCUGAUGGCUCCAUUGAGAGACACAAGGCAAGACUUGUAGCAAAAGAAUUUAAUGAGGUGCCCGGUCAGGACUUCUUUGACAUGUUCAGUCCAGUGGUUAAACCAACCACAGUCAGGUUGCUUCUUUAUCUAGCUUUAUCAUCUGGGUGGUAUAUUAAGCAAUUGGAUACAUCAAAAACGGGCGUAUCCUUAUUUUACUAUUCUCAGGGAUCUGAUUGUGUAUAUCUAUUGGUUUAUGUGGAUGAUAUACUUGUGAUGGGCAGCAAUACGAAUCUAGUUACACACCUAGUUUCGAAACUCUCUACUGCUUUUAAAAUUAGAGAUCUUGGUGAGCUAGGAUUUUUUCUUAGAAUUGAGGCAGUCAAAUGCAGUGAUGGAAUUUUGUUUUCCCAACAAAGAUACAUGCAUGAUAUUUUAAAACGUGCUGGAAUGGCAGAAUGCAAACCAUUGUCUACCCCCAUUCCCACGUCGAAACUCGUGACUUCCAGUACGGUGCUACAUGAUGAUCCAACACAAUACAAGAGUUUAGCUGGUGCAUUACAGUAUUUAACUAUCACUCGUCCUGACCUCUCCUUUGCAGUCAAUCAGUUGUGUCAACAUAUGCAUGCCCCUACGAUUGCUCAUUGGGAACAACUGAAGAGAGUUUUAAGGUAUGUGAAAGGAACUGUUAAUUUUGGUCUACGUGUCAGACAGUCAUCCUCAAGAGAAAUUCAUGCCUUCUCUGAUUCUGACUGUGAUGGCUGUCCGGAGGAUAGAAAAUCCACAAGUGCCUUUGUUGUUUUUCUUGGGUCUAAUCUCAUGUCAUGGGUAAUUUGGAUCAUGUCCCUUCUACGCGAAAUUCAUGUUCCAGGUAUUUCAGUCCCUAAAUUAUGGUGUGAUAAUCUCGGGCCUACAUAUAUGUGUGUCAAUCCCAUCUUUCAUGCUCGCACCAAAUAUGUAGAAAUAGAUUAUCACUUUGUGCGAGAUAGAGUUGCUGCUGGAGAAAUUCAAGUUAACUUCAUCUCAACAAAAGAUCAACUUGCAUACAUAUUUACCAAAGCAUUGCCUGGUCCUAGAUUUUCUUUUUUCAAAGACAAGCUACAAGUUACAAGUAUACCAUGUGCUUGA